GUUCAAUAUAAAAGUCACUCGCGGACUGCGUUCAGUAUAAGGUUAGGUUGAAACCUCUUUAGAAAGAUGCUGAGGUUAUUGGUUCUUUCAUGCGCACUGUCAGCAUCAUUAGGCAACUAUGCAGGAGAACAAGGUGACCCUAACCCACCAAUUGACCCAAGAGACGUGAGAAACGUGGUCCUAGGACUGAAACCCGGUGACAUCAUUACACCGGUAAGCAUCGACAAUAUCCAAAUAGGCUCUGAGGGAUUACCAUGGGUUGAUGAAAGCCCUAUCAACCCUUUUAUUAUUGAUCAAACUCCAGUGAUAAACUCCAAAAUAAAUGUCCGCCCUUUGGAUUUAAAUGAUGGCACAGGAGGGCAAGUUUACGAGAACCCGUUUGUUGAUGGAUCUGGCCUACCAAACAAAAGAAAACCCAGCUAUGACGGUUCGCGCAAGGUACCCGUGCCUCCAGUUACGCCACCGAAUGGAUAUGGCGGAGGUAUUGCCAGACCUGAUUUUCAAGUUGAUCCGGGUAGAAAAGUUCCAAGCUAUGUCAAUUCCAACAAAGUACCAAUUCUAUCCGUUGAGAAUCCGUUUGGACAAGAGAAUUCUCCAUUUGGACCCAUUGAUGGACCAGGUUUUGAUCCUUUAAGCCAAAACAUUCCACUUAGAAAGGCUCCGAGCUAUGACGGUUCUCAAAAAGUGCCCAUCCCAGUCGGUGAAAAUCAGUUUGGACAAGAGAAUUCUCCAUUUGGACCUUUCGAAGGAGCAGGUGUUGACCCUUCAAUCCCAAACAUUCCUCUUAGGAAAGCUCCAAGCUAUGACGGUUCCAACAAAGGACCCAUUCAAGUCGAUGAGAAUCCAUAUGUACCUUUCGGAGGAGCAGGUGUUGACCCUUUAAACCCAAACAUUCCUCUUAGGAAAGCUCCAAGCUAUGACGGUUCUAACAAAGGACCCAUUCAAGUCGAUGAGAAUCCAUUUGUACCUUUCGGAGGAGGAGGUGUUGACCCUGUAAACCCAAGCAUUCCACUUAGAAAGGCUCCAAGCUAUGACGGUUCCCAUAAAGUACCCAUUUCACCCGUUGAAAAUCCAUUUGGACCUUUCGUAGGAGCAGGUGUUGACUCUUUAAACACAAACAUUCCUCUUAGGAAAGCUCCAAGCUAUGACGGUUCCCACAAAGUACCCAUUCCACCCGUUGAAAAUCCAUUUGGACCUUUCGGAGGAGCAGAUGUUGACUCUUUAAACCCAAACAUCCCACUUAGGAAAGCUCCAAGCUAUGACGGUUCCCAUAAAGUACCCAUUCCAGCCGGUGAGAAUCCAUUAGGACCUUUCGGAGGAGCAGUUGUUGACCCUUUAAACCCAAACUUUCCACUUAGGAAAGCUACAAGCUAUGAUGGUUCUAACAAAGUACCCGUUCCACCCGUUGAGAAUCCAUUUGUACCUUUCGGAGGAGCAGGUGUUGACUCUUUAAACCCAAACAUUCCACUUAGGAAAGCUCCAAGCUAUGACGGUUCCCACAAAGGACCCAUUCUAGCCGGUGAGAAUUCAUUUGGACAAGUGAACUCUCCAUUUGUACCUUUCAGAGGAGCAGAUGUUGACCCUUUAAUCCCAAACAAUCGCCUUCCGCUUCCUGAUAGUAAUUAUGUGGACAGGCCUUACCCUGAUACAGUCACUGACCAGCGGCAACAAUUCGACGAAAUGGUAUCUGCCCGUUUAAGAACAAACUCUGGUCUUUCACCACAAGUACUUCCAGAUAGGAAGGGGCUCUCUGAAGGUAAACGAAAUUACCUGAGUUCCCUGGGUUUGUUCAAAAAAGCGAAAUCCUACAAAAGCUAAUGUGCUUUAUAACAAAUCCAGUAUGUGCCAUACGAUAUUUAGUGCAAUAUUUUCUUAAACUGUGUUUUUUUUGUGUGUAUUCUGUUUUAUGAUUUUGACAUUUGUAUGAAUAAAUGUAAACAAUAAGAUUUUUUUGGGAACAAAAACUUUUCAUGUCGAUUCUAACAGACCAAGAGUGAAAUUCUUAUUAAGUCUUAAGUGGAACAAGGGGCCCAUAGUAAGAGUCUUAUUAAGUCUUAUGAAAAAACAAGGGGUCCAGGGUAAGAGUCUUAUUAAGUUUUAAGAAAAAAACAAGGAGUCCAGAGUAAGAGUCUUAUUAAGUCUUAAGAAAAACCGAGGGGUCCAGAGUUAGAAUCCUAUUAAGUCUUAUAUAAGAAAGGACAAGAGAUCAUUGAUUUGACCAUUUUUUGACGACAAGAAACUUAUCAUAUGAGUUUAUGUAUUUCAAUAUUAUAGAACCUACAUUCACUAAAAUAUGUACUGCUCAGGAAUAUCAAUGUUUAAAAAGAUAAUACAAAUAUUUUAUGCUAAAGCAACCAGUUAAAUCAAAGUACUGAAGCCGGACUUUUAUGUGUCUAUAUGUAUAUUGUGAAGUAAAG